AUGCCGCCUCGUCUCGCGACGAAUGAGAAUGACGAGAACAGUUCGGCAGCUGCGCGUAUAACCCGCGCGAAGGCGGCCUCGCUCCAUGUUGAUGAACUGAAUGUACCUGCCAAGCCUCUACAAGCCAAGAAGGCCGUUCAGGUUGCUAGUGCCCAACCCGCUGGCCUGCGAAAGCGGGCAGCACUGGGUGACGUGAGCAACGUCACCAAGGUCGAGGUGGCAGAGGCGAAGAAGGUUGCCGGUAAAGCUGGACUUGUGUCAAAGGCAGCACAGCCUACAGGCAUCCAGAAGAAUACGUCUCGUUCUACAGGUCGUACAGCCCUUUCAACGAAGGAGGCUAGCAAAAAGACGACCGAUGCUAAGAAAUCUGGACACGGAACGAUUGGCACCGUACAGAAAAGAAAAGUUGCUACCGCAUCGGCUUCCGUCGCCACCAUUAAGGACGACGCGCCUACUGAGGACCAGGAGCCAGUCCGCAAAAAGGCACAUACCGUCACGUCCCGGCUUGAGGAGCCUGCAACCAGUGACAGCACCAGAGAACAGGACCCUUCGUUACCGCUCAACGACACAAUUGAAGAGUUCGUGCCGACUGACUUCGUCUAUCCCGAAGGCGUCAAGGAUCUGGACAGCGAGGACUUGGACGAUCCACAGAUGGUCGCUGAGUAUGCAGCGGACAUUUUCGAGUACCUACGUGACUUGGAAUGCAGUUCCUUGCCCAACCCGCGCUACAUGAACCACCAGGAUGAGCUUGAUUGGAAAACACGAGGUGUGCUAGUUGACUGGUUAGUCGAAGUGCAUACCCGCUUCCACCUUCUACCGGAAACUCUUUUUCUUGCUGUCAAUAUCGUCGACCGUUUCCUGUCCGCCAAGGUUGUCCAGCUCGAUAGACUACAGCUCGUCGGGGUCACUGCCAUGUUCAUUGCGGCCAAGUACGAGGAAGUGCUGUCUCCUUCCGUCGGCAGUUUCCGCCAUGUUGCAGAUGAUGGCUUCACUGAGGCUGAAAUUUUGAGUGCCGAGCGGUUCAUGCUUGGCACCCUCAACUAUGAUCUCAGUUAUCCCAACCCUAUGAACUUUCUCCGUCGGGUAUCGAAAGCCGACAACUACGACAUACAGACGCGCACGGUUGCAAAGUACCUGACUGAAAUCAGCCUUUUGGAUCACCGCUUCAUGCCGUAUCGUCCCAGCCAUGUUGCUGCGGCGGCUAUGUUUCUUGCCCGUCUGAUAUUGGACCGGGGCGAGUGGCCGAACCCAACACCCGCUUAA